CAAAAAAUUAACUUUCCACCAGAGGGUAUAAAUUAUGUACAAAGAUUCCUUUCCUGCAACAAGUGUCACACCAAAAUAAUUGCUGCAGACAGUGGAAAGAAAAUUCUCCAGUGCACUGAGUGCAAAUUGUCACAGUUGAAAUCCAAAUGCAAAAGCAAAAUCCUUGUCAGUUCUCUUUUUAUAAACAAAAACAAAGAAACUAUUUCACUUCAGAUGUUUGACGAUGUUAUCCAACAUUUGUUCACUCUCUACCAAGAACACAAUCUGGAUACCGACCACAAAUCAUUUUCUGAUCUGACUGAUGAUAUUAUUGAAGUUCUUUUAACUGUUGAAGCCACAGCAAUUUUUAAUGAAAAAAAGAUUAUUGUCACAGUUGAAAACCUAUAGACAAACACUUCUUAAUAAUAAACAAGUGUUUGUCUCUAUAGCUUCCCAACUGUCACAACUGCAGCAUGCUCAUAUCUGUUGUUGUUUAUUGUUGAGUUAACAAAUCUUGUUUAUAUUAAUAAAAAAAACUGUUAUCGUUGCGUUCACAAAAAAGUCAUUACAAACUCUUCUACACUGCCCAUGCCACUCUGCGCAGCAAUCACUAUCUAUAAGAUACACUGGUUGUCAUGCCAUUGAAAAGUGGCUGGCACCAAGAUACCUACAUGACAAAUGAUGUAGUUAAAUCAUGUAUUUUUAUUAUUAUAUUUAGGGGCUUGAACUGGCUUCCAAACUUCCCAAGAUGAAAGAAGAGGUAAAUGUAUGAAUGAUGUCUUUUUUCAUUCAAGGCAUUUAUCAGUAACUGUAUUAUAAUAUUUAUCUAAUAUUUAUUUUCUACAGGAUUAAUUUGUAAAUGCUUCUGCUUAAUUUGUUCAAACAUUGGCUCCUAAUAGAAUUAUCUGUGUAUUUUGUUUUUAACUUGAUGUUUGCAUGAAUUUCAUUGUGCAGGUCUUACAGGAAGGUGAAACAUCAUUUUUGAUAUGCAGCAACCUUGAACAAAAGGGAGGUGAUGAUAGCAUUGAAUCCCUCUUCCACAAAGGAAAUCCUAAGAUGCCGUUAUAUGAAAGAACUGCUCGUACCUUUGGUAUCACUGAUGUGGUCAAAGCGGUCUUCAGGUCUCAGACUGAUUCUGGUAUUCUUUGUGAAGAACAGCCAAUGAAGGUAAAAUACAAUGCCGUAUUUUUGAUCAGUUUGAAGCAUGUUCCUAUGAAAGAUCUUGUGGCAGAUGGCAAUGGUACCUUUACCAAUACAGGCCAACCAACACAUACCAUAGAGACAUGCAGUAAUGAAGAUGAGAGUGAGAAUGAAGGUGAGGAAAAAAUGUUAUAUCCCCAAGUAAAAGUGCUAGCAAGAACAAAACGCCCCCUGAAAUGCAGAUCACACUUCCUGUUGCAGCAAUAUUAUUAUCGGCACACAGAGCAAACACGUUUUCACAGAAGAAUUUAUAUCUUAUGAAACAAGGAAGGUGAAAUCCAUGGCAAUGUUGCUGUGUUACAGUACCAGUGGGAGGGGGAAGAGGGUGAGGUAACAUUGGCCCCUCAUGGAAAUACCAAAAGAAACAGCAUUCCAUUUACUGCAACCAAAUCUUCU